AAUUUCAACGCCUCUCUCUCUCUCUCUCUUCUUGAUCAAAUCUCAUUCCCUCAAAUGAAGAUUCAGUGUGAUGUAUGUGAAAAGGAUGAAGCAUCACUUUUCUGUGUGGCUGACGAGGCGGCCCUCUGCACCGCCUGCGACCACCGUGUCCACCAUGCCAACAAGCUCGCCGGGAAACACCAGCGCUUCUCCCUCCACUACCCCUCAUCUAAACAAGCCCCCCUCUGCGACAUCUGCCAGGAGAGAAGGGCGUUCUUGUUUUGUCAGCAAGACAGGGCGAUUCUGUGCAGAGAGUGUGAUGUUCCCAUACACAAGGCCAAUCAGCAUACUCAGAAGCACGCAAGAUUUCUGCUAACGGGAGUCAAACUCUCUGCAAUUGCUGCGCUUUACUCUGCAUCACAGUCCUCGGCGGAAUCUGGUUCCUCUACUUUGACUAACAAUAAUGUUUGCGAUGCUGCUUCAAAUUUCAAGUCCCAAGAAUCAAAGAACAAGCCAGCUCCUCCAAUAGGCCCCCCAAUGUGUGCACCUUCUACUGCAAAGGGUACAACAGGGCAAAGCACGCAAGCAGCAGGAGGACAAGAAUCCUCAUGUGCGAGAAGUGGUAAUGUUGAGAUGAUGAAUGAAGGGAACUUGAACGGGUCAAUCUCAGCGAGUAGCAUUUCGGAGUACUUGAUAGAAAUGUUACCAGGGUGGCAUGUUGAGGACUUUCUUGAUUCCUCGUCUAAUCCUUCUCCUUCUCCCUAUGGUUUCUGUAAGAGUGGAGAGAGUGAUUUGCUGCAAAUCUGGGAUGCUGAUCUUGCGAGCAGCAAUAUGAGUGGUUUCCCCACAGAAAAAGUGGGAUCUUGGGUCCCUCAGAUGCAUCAAACACAGAUCAAUCAGUCAUAUCAAUCUACAGAAAUGAUGGGUUUUGGGACGACAAAUGGAUUCCGGCAGCAGUCCAAGGAAUUCACCGCCAACAACGUGAAACCUAGCAGAAUAAGAAAUGAAGACAACUCUUUCGCUGUCCCACAGAUCAGGCCGUCUUCAGCUGCCUCCAAGAGAUCAAGAACUCUUUGGUAGUCCCAUCAGGAGUAUAAAAUCUCAUCAUAACUGAUCUGGAACUCAUAUACAAUUCUUCUUGAUUUCUUGGAGUAGUUUCUUUUCUAUUUUUUUGUUUUUUUGUUUUUUUUUUUGGAAAAUCUUUAUCAAUUUGUGCUGCAAAGGAACUACGUAGUCUCCAUGUAGUUUGCUUGUUGCACGAAUCUUUUUGUCUGUAAAUAUCUAAAUCAAGGGAAGUAUGUUUGAUUCCCACAUUGAAUCUGGUAAGAGAAGCAGAGCAGGAACCACUUUUUCUCCUUCCCUCGUAUGUUUGGUCAUAUUACAUGCGAGAAAAUUCAGAAUGUUUGAAUUUGGACUGGAACUGCGGAAGUGACAGUUCAAAAGGCAGUCAUAGUCAUGUACGAUGCAUCCCUUCAUGUUUUUCUUCUUUUGGGCGCUAACUACUCAGAGGAAUACAGUACCAGUUGGUACUUCUGAGAAUGUCACUUCACAGAAAGUUUGAAGGUC